CUCUCUGUGCGUGCGUGCCCGAGGACGAAGCGUGCAAUGCAGCAUCAGUGAUGUAGCAUCCCUCCCUACCACGACCUUAAUCCGUAGAAUGAUGGUUUCUUUGCUUCUGGCUCUUGAAAAAUCAUCGUUAGUGUACAUGUGCAUUUUAUGAUACGCAAACGGAAAUGCCUCCUGCUUGGGUACCACCUGCCUUUGGAGUACGCCACCGUAUUACUCAGCUCUGAAACGUAUCCCAGCACAUCAGCAUCGGCACAUCUGGACAGCGGGCACCCUUGAAGUGAGUGGAGAGAGAGAGAGUCACCUUCACGCUGAAGCAGUAUCAGUAUUGCUUUGUGUUCACCCUCACUGGUCAUGUGGAACCCUCUGGUAAUGAUGCUCCAGUGAAGGGCAGCGAGAUUAGGACAUCUCAGCUGCUUUCCGUGUGAUUGCUAGACCAUCACCCAAAGCUCCACCUUUCUUCAGGCUCUCCAUUCUCAUCACAGUCUCUUCCCUACUGCCCCAUCUCUGGAAGCCCUUUGACUGACCACCAGGCUCCAGGAUGAGUGGGCUAAUCGGCAAACUGGACCCUCGGCGGAUUCAGUGGGGGACCACCUGGUAUGCCUUCCAGUCCCGUGUCUUGCGCACGAAGCCGGUGGAGUCCAUGCUGGAGAGCACAGGUGGCACUGGGGCUCAUGGAACCAAACUCGCUCGAGUACUGUCCACUGUGGACCUUGUGUCUCUGGGAGUGGGAAGCUGUGUAGGUACGGGGAUGUAUGUGGUAUCUGGACUAGUGGCUAAGGAAAUGGCAGGUCCUGGUGUCAUUGUGUCUUUCAUCAUUGCUGCCGUGGCCUCCAUCCUGUCAGGUGUGUGCUAUGCUGAGUUUGGUGUGCGUGUACCUAAAACCACAGGUUCAGCCUAUACUUACAGCUAUGUGACGGUGGGAGAAUUUGUGGCUUUUUUCAUUGGCUGGAAUCUGAUUUUGGAGUAUCUCAUUGGCACAGCAGCAGGGGCCAGUGCGCUCAGCAGCAUGUUUGACUCGCUGGCCAAUCACACCAUCAGUGGCUUCAUGAUCAACCACAUAGGAACACUCAAUGGCCUGGGUAAAGGUGAGGAGUCGUAUCCUGACAUCUUGGCUCUCAUCAUAGCCAUCCUGGUCACAGUGAUAGUUGCCCUUGGUGUGAAGAAUUCAGUGGGCUUCAACAACGUGCUGAAUAUCAUUAACCUGGUGGUGUGGGUGUUUAUGAUGAUUGCAGGCCUGUUCUACGUUAGUGGGAGCAACUGGGACGAGGGACGAUUCCUGCCUUAUGGCUGGUCUGGGGUCAUGCAGGGUGCAGCCACUUGCUUCUAUGCCUUUAUAGGAUUUGACAUCAUAGCCACAACCGGGGAGGAAGCCAAGAGUCCAAACACCUCCAUCCCAUACGCCAUCACUGCCUCUCUGGUCACCUGCCUCACUGCCUAUGUCUCUGUCAGUGUGAUCCUCACCCUUAUGGUCCCCUACACUGAAAUUGAUUCAGAUGCUCCACUGAUGGAAAUGUUUUCUCUACAUGGCUUCCAAACCGCCAAAUACAUAGUGGCCAUCGGCUCCAUUGCCGGACUUACAGUCAGUUUGUUGGGCUCUCUCUUCCCAAUGCCAAGAAUCAUCUAUGCCAUGGCAGAAGAUGGUUUGCUCUUCAGGUUCCUGGCCAAUGUGAGCACAUACACAGAGACUCCAGCAGUGGCCUGUGUGGUGUCAGGGUUCCUCUCAGCUCUGCUGGCUCUGCUGGUCAGUCUGAGGGAUCUCAUCGAGAUGAUGUCCAUCGGCACCCUGCUAGCCUACACACUAGUAUCAGUGUGUGUGCUACUGCUGCGUUACCAACCUGAAGGAGACAUCCAUGGCUUUAUCAAUUUCCUUUCAGAGCAGAAUGGCAAGCAUAAAGAGGGUGUGUUGGCUGAAUGCGAGAAGGAAGCCUGCUCACCGGUCAGUGAGGCCGAUGAUUUUGGAGGACCUCCAACCAACACCUGUGGAGCAAAGAACCUCCCAUCACUGGGCGACAGCGAGAUGCUGAUCGGUAAGCCUGACAAGUCCACCUACUCAGCCAGUCACCCCAACUAUGGUACUGUGGACAUGUCCUCGGGCAUUGAAUCGGAUGAGACGGAUAGCGUGUACCUGUUAAAGCUAAAGAAGCUGCUGGGGCCUCGCUACUACACCAUGCGCAUUCGGCUUGGCCUACCGGGCAAGAUGGACAGGCCCACUGUGGCCACCGGACGUAUCGUCACCCGCUGCGUCAUCCUGCUCUUCAUCCUCAUCUUCUGCUUCUGCUCCCUCAUCAUCUUUGGGUCAGGUCAGAUCACAGAGGGUCAAUGGUGGGCCGUGCUACUGCUGGUGGUGCUAAUGCUGGUCAUCACUCUCUUGAUCUUUAUCAUCAUUCAACAGCCUGAGAACCCAAAGCGCCUGCCUUACAUGGCACCCUGUGUACCCUUUGUCCCAGCCUCCGCUAUGCUAGUAAACAUUUACCUCAUGCUCAAGCUCUCCAGCAUCACAUGGAUCCGUUUUGGUGUAUGGUGCUUUGUGGGUGUUCUGAUCUACUUCGGCUACAGCAUUUGGAACAGCACCCUAGAGAUUACGGCCCGUGAGGAAGAGGCCCAUGCAAGCACAUACCAGCGCUAUGACAUGGGCGUGGAUGACAAUUUAGCAGUGGAUGAUGAGCUGUACCCUUCAGGAGACGGGGGGCAGUACCAAAGCUGGGGCUUCAAUGAGCGAAGAGGUGGGCACCAGAAACAGCAAUGCCAGGAGCAGAGGGAGCCUAAGCCUGAUGGCCUGGACAGUGUGGACAACCACAAGACCUCCUCUUCCUCCUCACAUAGCAGGGCCAAAAGCAAAGCUGCUAAAGCUGCUCCAGGUUUUGAGGCACUGGUGGUCGACGACGAUUUGGAUGAUCCUUUGGAAUGAGAAUGUAAUUUGAAUGUACUUGUCUGCCAACAACUGCAGAACCCUUGGGCUAGGUUGUUAUCUCUCUGCAAUGAAUAUUUACUCUGCCCUUUUUCACUAUUGAUAGGAUAGUAAGAUUGGUCAGGAUGUGGUUAUGUUUUUUUUAAAAUACAUUAUGAAUAAUUUUUUUAUCACAUAACACCUAAAAAAAAAAAAAAAAAACUAUCCCUAUUUAGCCUUUUUAUUUAAUGUUUUGGUCCCGGGUUCUUAUUGUAUCCAUGUUAAGCUCCUCAUACUCUCCAACAUAUUCUCAUGAUAAUUUGUAAUAAUUUGUACAAGAUGGUGAAAUCUUUAGAUACCAUACGACUUGUCUUGUAUGAAAAGAUAUGACUUUUAUUUCCAUAGAGACCAACCAAUCAACAAAGAGUCAAUAUCGAUUUAAAAUCGAUACAAUGGUGACAUAAAAUUUUAGCUAGCCUUCUACUUAACACUAUUUUAAGAAAGGAAACAUCUGUGCACAAAUUUGGUCACUCAUUCCAUAUUUAGGCUUAUUUAUGCAAUACAAAUGACUGAUGUUAAAAACCUGUAUUACACUUCCCUCGUCUCAUUCCAAACCUGAGAUUUUCUUUCUUUUUCUGUGUAUACGUCGUUAGGUUUAGGGUCUUGUUAAAGGAUUAGACUUUAUGGUUAGAUUAAAGUUAGGUUAGGGGUUAAACUUUGGAAAAAUUUGAAUAAUACCAUCCAUUGGUUCAUUUCCCAUUUGUUCCUCUAUGGGAGUUAAACUUGUAAAGUCAGCUUGUAAAAAAAUUUAUGAUUUUGCCAUCUCGUACUAUUAUUAUGACUUGUCAUGAGAGCUUUUUGGACUCACCAAGCACUUAAAUACAUACAACUUAUUGUUUCAAUUGAAAGCAGCAGUUUCCCCUCAAAACUGCAUUAAAUAGCAUGAUAUUUAUUGCCCUCUGGUGAGUAGUUUACUGCAGCCCAGUUAGUUAUCACAGUUUCACACCUUUCCCCAAAAUGACCCAUGGAACCUGCAUCACUUCCUUUACUUAAGCUGAUAUCUAUUAGCCCCAACACUGUUUUUAUGUGGAGUCAUUAUAAAACCAGCAGAAACAUUGCCAUGGGAAGCCCUUGCUGCAGUAGUUCACCUUAAAACAUUUAAAGCAAUUUGCACAGACUUUUGUUAUUUGAGUAACUUACUGUAGAUGCUACUCUUGCUUUUCUUAAUCAAUUUUAAAAUUGCAUUAAAAAGGCUAGUUUUGAGAUACAAAGAUAGUUGACAGAUGAUAUAUGACAGCCAAUGUGGCCCCACAGUUUUGAUUGACAUGAGCAGAGAAUCAAAGGCUUCUUUCUCCUCCACUCUAAUAUCUAGCCCAAGUGAGGUUUGGACUGUAGGUUGUCACAAAUAGUAGAUGGACUUUGCUUGCAAUAGUGCCUUCAUUUGUCUGUGUGUGCUUUAAAUAUGACCAUCAAGAUGUCCAUGCUUGUUUGUUUUUCAUUUUUUCAUGUUUUUCAUCAGAAUGUUUUUUGUAAUGUUUUUGACAUAAGGAGGCAUAUCCAUGGUUGUUACCUGGUGACGGUUAGUGUGCCUGUCAACCGUCAUAUUUCACUAUCGACCAACCAUUCAUCCUUUGUGUUGGUGACACAGAUUCAUCCUUGCAAGCAGGCAGCUCUGUGUAAAUAACAACGGUGUGACCACAAUACGAUUUUUGUCUCUUGUCCGGCCAGUGUCCCUUAAAAACAGAAAAAAGAAAAGACAGUAAGGAGUGCAAUUUGCAUGUAGAGGGAAGUGUGUUGUGACUUUCUAUGUGGCUGUGCUCUUCUGCUAUUCUCUCCAAGAUAAUUUGCGUGCCGUUCAACCGAUUUGUCCAGUCCAACUCUGUGCUAUAGCUCUGCCUGCCAAAAAAGGGGGAAAAAAGAAACAAGAAAAAGAAAACCAAGCCAGGCCUCAAAUCCAUACUUCCUUAUUUACACAACCCAGUUCUACAUCAUGGGAGACCCUAUGUGUUAAAAAUGCAGUGAGAGUACAUCAUGCCAUGAUGCUUUUAACUUUUCUCCUCUCUAAUAUGUGUGAAAAUGAUUUUGAAACUCUGAAAAAAAAAGAAAAAAAAAGAAAGAAAAAAGAGGAUAGAGUUGCCAUAAAUUACGUGCAAGCUGAGUUCUACAAGAUCUUUGCAUAUAUUUUCCAACCAGCACAGUAUAUAGAGCUUUAUUUGGGGCCUGGAUUGGUUUUAACUUUGUUGCUGUGGCAUUUUGCUGAAAGUGUAGCAUGUUCAGACAUACAGGGCCCAGAGUCAAACUAUGUUUUUGAGUAUUUGCAUGUGUGGUGAUCUUUGAAAGGCUUGAUGUAACUCUCAAAUGUAGCAUUCUGAGAAAUUAGGGUAGCAGCCUGCCUGUAUCCUCCCUCCAACCCCUCCUCUUUCCGAGUGGCCUCUGUUUACAAAGCAAGCCAAAGUCUGCAACCUUUGUUUACUGUAUAUGACAAAAGACAGCAUUUUACUUCCGUAGAGUAGAGCACCAUGUAACAGUGUGGAGAUAUAUGACAAAGAAAUCAAAGAGAAGUAUUUUUUUACGGGGGGGGGGGUUCAGCGAAACUUCUAAAGAAAAGUGGUGAAUGUUUAUAUUUUUAAUGACCUCUUUUUAGACAGAUAAAACUGGAGACUUUGGGAUUUUGAUGCGGUAGUUUUGAUUUAAAGGGAUAGUAUACCCAAAAUAAAAAUUCUGUCAUCACUUAUUCACUUUAAUGUCUUUCAAAAACCCUGUUGACCUUUUUUCCUCCUUGCAUCACAAAUGGAGAUGUUAGGCCAAAUGUUAGCCUUAGUCACCAUUCACUUUCAUUGCAUGGAAAAAUUAUGCCAUGAAAGUAAAUAGAGACUGAGACGGCAUUGAAGAAAUACAGUCACAUGAGUGUGAAUAAAUUAUGACAGAAUUUUCAUUCUUGGGUGAACUAUCCCUUUAAAUGAAUGUUAGAACAUGCCUAGAUCUAAUGCUUAGGCUGAAAACUACAGAGAUAUUUGAUUAUAAACCUGUCAGAAAAAAAACCCAAUCUAAAAUGUUUCCACUAUUGCUGUUAAAGUCAGCUACUAUUUGUUAUUUAUUUGUCUCUGAGAAAAGGUACAGUGUUUGUACUUUGUGAGCUUUCUACCCUGCUAUCAUAGCUUGUUCGUUAUUUGUUCAGGAAAUUUGGAGAUUGGCUUCCCUUGCAAAUCUGAAACGUGUUUCUGCUGUAUAUUUAGGUAUGAAGUGGAUGUAUUCUGGUUUUUAUUUUUUAUUUUUUAUUUUUUUUUAAGAAUCUAUUUAUUGUUUCUUCUACUUGUGGUUUUGCUCUCCUGUUGCACUGUGUAAUGAGAUGUAUUGCUUUAAUGCAACAAUGAAAAUCAUUUAUUGCAUAUCAGAUAAGCAUGACUCUUGAUUUACCUUUCGCUUAAAGGCAGUAUCAAAUGACCCAAAAUCAGAAGGUCAAAAAUAUCCUCACAUAGGUGGCUUGCGUAAACAGGCUCGCUCUGUUUCCUGUGGGGUGGAGUGGUGAGCCUAGAAUAACACAGAUCUGAGUGUAGCACUUGAGCGCAAGGGAAACAUACUGGUCAUACUGGGAGGGGCGCCACUAGCUAUGCAAAGGAAUGAGAUAAACACACAACAGAUCGAUGUUCCAUUGUCAUUGCUAUAGUGGUGGUCUGUGUCGGUGUAGUACAAUAUGGUUUUGAGAUAUCAAAGCAUGUUGUUAUGAUAAAUACAUACAGUUCAGACCUGUCUGUCUGUAUGUUGUAGACAUCGACACAAGCUCUCCUGAAGCACGCUCCAUCUGUGGGAGGGUCUUCAAAAUGUUUUUCCUAUGAGGCACUCAUAGGACAUCAUUUGUGUUCAUUUGUCAUCAACCUAAAUCAAAUUCAAAUGUGAUGUCCUUAAUGUACAUAAUUCUUCUGAUGCAAAAUACCCUGGUGCUAUUAUAAACAGACAUCCUGGAUGUGAGGAAGACAGUUUAUGCAUUGGUAGUGUGUGGCAGAUGAUUAUAUUUUGCAUAGAUGCUUAAAGAUACCUUUAUAUAGAAAUACAUAAAAAAAAAUUAUGCACUUUUAUGCUUAU